UUUUUUUAUGAAUAUUACUAAUACAAUUUUCGAAGCUCAGACUGAAAUAAGCAAUAUACUACCAUAAAAUAGCGAGAGAGAUAAAGAGCAUUGAAUGCAUUUUGCAACUUAUCUGGACACACACAACACUUGCCGCUUCACUACUUACUGCUGUCAUUUCCUACAUUCUCUCUAAUUCUCUUCCUCUUUAUAUUCUCUCAUUCAAGGGUUUUGCUGCUCUUCCAAUUCCCAUUUGACUCUAUCUUCUAUCUUCCUCUCUUCUUCUGUGUCUUUCUUUUCUUUCCCUUUCACAGUCAUGAAUCCAUCAGAAGAAUUUUCAGAACAGGGAAUAUCUCAACAGAACUUGAGGAAGGCAUCUUGCAUGACGGUGGUCACUUUAGCUUAUCAAAGUCUUGGAGUUGUUUAUGGUGACCUCAGCACCUCUCCUCUAUAUGUUUACAAGACCACCUUCUCAGGGAAGUUGAGCCUUCGUGAGAAGGAUGAGGAGAUAUAUGGCGUGUUUUCCUUUAUCUUCUGGACAUUUACUCUCGUUGCUCUCUUUAAAUAUGUUUUGAUUGUGAUGUCAGCUGAUGACAAUGGUGAAGGUGGAACCUUUGCGUUGUAUUCCCUGCUGUGCCGGCAUGCAAGACUAAGCAUUCUACCUAAUCAACAAGCCACAGAUGAAAAGUUGUUGUCAUAUGUAACACAUGGAUCCAUGGAGACAUGGCAGAGCUUUGCUCUGAAGUCGUUCUUUGAGAAGCAUCCCAGAUUUCGUAAAGGGUUGUUUAUUUUUGUUCUUCUGGGAACCUGUAUGGCAAUUGGUGAUGGAGUACUUACACCUACAAUAUCAGUUCUUUCAGCAGUUUCAGGUGUCAAGCUUAAGAUCACUGCACUCCAUGAUAAUUAUGUUGUUUUGAUCUCAUGUGUCAUCAUUGUGGGGCUAUUCUCACUUCAGCAUCAUGGAACACACAGAGUUGCUUUCAUGUUUGCUCCAAUUGUUGCAACAUGGCUUCUGUGUAUUAGCAGCAUUGGAAUAUAUAACAUAUUUAGAUGGAAUCCAUACAUAUUUCAUGCACUUUCUCCAAUUUACAUGUUGAAAUUUCUUAAGAACACAGGCACAGAAGGAUGGAUCUCAUUAGGAGGAGUGGUUCUUUCAAUCACAGGUGUGGAGACAAUGUUUGCUGAUUUGGGCCAUUUCUCUUCACUGUCAAUAAGGGUAGCCUUCUCAUUUCUGGUGUAUCCCUGUUUGGUUCUUGCAUAUAUGGGUGAGGCUGCUUUCCUCUCCAAGCACCAUGAAGAUAUCCAGAGAAGCUUCUAUAAGGCCAUACCAGAAGCUGUUUUUUGGCCAGUGUUCAUUGUGGCAACUUUGGCUGCUGUUGUUGGAAGUCAAGCCGUAAUAUCAGCUACCUUCUCCCUUAUAAGCCAGUGCUGUGUACUGAAUUGCUUUCCCUUUGUGAAAAUCAUUCAUACUUCAAGUAAAAUAUAUGGGCAGAUAUACAUUCCAGAGGUCAACUGGAUAUUAAUGUGCCUCUGUUUAGCUGUGACAAUAGGAUUGAGGGACACCAACAUGAUGGGUCAUGCAUACGGUUUGGCAGUCACUACGGUUAUGUUUGUGACAACCUGUUUGAUGUCAUUGGUGAUGAUAAUCGUCUGGAAGCAAAGGAUAGCUAUUGCAGUUGCAUUCUUACUGUUUUUUGGAUCAGUGGAAUUGCUUUACAUCUCAGCAUCUGUUUACAAGGUUCCGGAAGGGGGUUGGAUUCCUCUUGCGCUGUCUUUCAUUUUUAUGGCUAUAAUGUAUAUAUGGAACUAUGGAAUGGCUAAGAAGCAUGAAUUUGAUGUGGAGAACAAGGUUUCAAUGAAUAGGAUAGUGUCUUUAGGUCCUAGCCUUGGCAUGGUGAGGGUCCCCGGGAUUGGUCUUAUUUACAGUAAUCUGGUAUCUGGGGUUCCAGCUGUUUUUGGACACUUUGUCACAAACUUACCUGCAUUCCAUCAGGUACUGGUUUUUGUUUGUGUCAAAUCUAUCCAAGUUCCAUAUAUUAGUGAAAAAGACCGGUUGGUCAUUAGUAGGGUGGGUCCAAAGGAGUACUCUAUGUUCCAGUGCAUUGUCAGGUAUGGUUAUAAGGAUCUGCAGCAAGAAAACUAUGAUUUUGAAAACAGAUUGGUAUCAGGAAUAAUACAAUUUGUGGAAGCAGAAGAAGAUAGUACUUUGAGACCAACUUCUAUACCAUGUGGAGAGUUGGGAAACUUGGAUGUUCCAACUUUUGAUGCUCCAAAUCACAAUUUAAUAAAUUCAAAGUGCAAGGAUAACAUUGAGCAGUUUUCAUGUGAUAUUUUAGAGACUAAAACUAGCAUGGAGCAUUUGGGAAGUUCACCUCUUAAAGAUGAGUCUCUGGAGAUACUGAGAGCCAAAGAAUCUGGGGUUGCUUUUAUUCUAGGACAUUCCUAUGCAAAGGCCAAGAAAUCAUCUUCCAUUCUCAAGAAAUUUGCCAUAAAUGUCGUAUUCACCUUUCUGAGCAAGAAUUGCAGAGAACCUAAUGUGGUCCUGAAUGUGCCUCAUACUUCUUUGCUAGAAGUCGGUAUGAUCUAUUAUGUCUAACUUUACAUUAUUAUCCAAGAGAAGGUCCCUUACAUGUGAACAAAGAGAGUCUGCAAAAACUGCUAACCCUAACAUAAAGAGCUGGUGUCUUACACAAUUAGGAUGACAAUUAUAAAAUGAAAAUCUCUUCAAUAGUUUAUAUUUUCUUGCUUCACAGUCUGAGAUGAUUAUGUUCACAAGGUCUGGUUUUUCUCUCUUGCCCGUAAAUGUUUGUCAUAUGAUUAAAAUUUUACUGUCAACUAGCUGCAUAUUCUGAUUUCUUAAAGCAUUGGUUCUUCCAAUUAGAUCAGUAAUGUAAUUGUACAACU